AGAAAAAAAAAAUGGAGUUGAAUGAACACUGUUUGUUAGAUGAACUUGAAGCCUUGAGAAGAGAAAUUAAUUGGGAAUUAGCAAUGCCCACUGAAAUUAACGACCUAAUCUCCACUGCAAAUGCCUGGAAUUUUGAUUGCUCUGAUUCUUCCUCUUUGCCCUUUUCUUUACCUAUUGACCACCAGGAUUUUGGCUAUCUUCUCGCCGGCGAAGACGACUAUUCUUUUUCCGGCGGCCAGUUCACGGCGGCUCCGAGUACCGGCGAUUCGAUGUCGUACACUACGUUCGAGACUACGCCGGGGGGUUUCGGCAGGUGUCCGGUUAUGGAAGAGGAGGAUGAGAUUCCGAAUCUUGAAGUUCUUGGUAGUUGUAAAAUGGAGCCGGCUUAUUCUCCUGAAAUUGCUCCGGUUUUCAACGCCGGUGGCACGUGCGAUUUUGGGCAAAAGAUCGUUGGUUCGGCGAGUAAGAAGCUUCAGGGGAAGCCGUCGAAGAAUCUCAUGGCGGAGAGACGGCGGAGGAAAAGGCUUAAUGAUCGCCUCUCCAUGCUCCGAUCCAUCGUCCCCAAAAUCAGCAAGAUGGAUAGAACUGCGAUUCUUGCGGAUUCGAUUGAUUACGUGAAGGAACUGCUCGAGAAAAUCAACCAUUUGCAAAGGGAGAUUGAAAUGGCGAACCCGAGUAAAUUGGAGUCUACUGGGAUUUUGAGAGCUGAGAAUCCGAGUGAAUAUUUGGUCAGAAAUGCACCUAAGUUUAAUGUGGAAAGGAGAGAAGGUGACACUCGGAUUGAGAUUUGCUGUGCGGCUAAGCCUGGCUUGUUGUUAUCUACAGUGCACACUCUUGAAGCUUUAGGACUUGAUAUUCAGCAAUGUGUCAUUAGCUGCUUCAAUGACUUCGCAAUUCAAGCCUCUUGUUCCGAGGGAACGGAGCGGAGACCGGUUGAGGAAGUAAAACAAGAAUUAUUUGAGAAUGCUGGAUAUGGAGGAAGAUGUUUGUAGAACCAUCCUAUUUGGAAACUAGGAAGAGUUAGUUUGAUUGGUCUUUUUUUUUUUACAAAUAAUAAAUGUGUAUUUAAUUUAAUAGUCUUUAAAUCAGCAAAUGAUUGUCAUAUCAUAAAAUAAAAAGAAAAAAAAAAACAAAUAAAUAAAUAAAAAUGAUAUGAUUAUUAUUA